AAGUUUUCUUAUCUAUAGAAUUUUACGAUUCAAGGUCAACUAUAACAAUCAGUGUCAAAUUUUUGUUAUGUGUCAAAUUUGGAAAACAAAUAGUGUAUCAGGUUAUCAGGAAUUUUAUCGUCUCUUGUGUACAACGUUUUCUUAAUUAAUUCAUCAAAUCUACUCUCUACUUUCAUAAUUUAGUUAAAUUUGUAAUAUUUUGUUAAUAUAAAAAUUUUUCCAAAUGGAGGAUAUGAACGAAGAGACGCAAUUUGUUGUCGAUGAUGUGAGUAAAAUUAUCAAGGAAGCAAUUGAGGUGUCAAUUGGAGGAAAUGCUUAUAUGCACAACAAAGUUAAUCAAUGGACAUCGAAUGUUGUCGAGGCUUGUUUAGGAAAUCUUACAAAACUACAGAAAGCAUAUAAAUAUAUAGUCACGUGUACGAUAAUGCAAAAGAAUGGAGCAGGCUUACAUACAGCGAGUUCUUGUUAUUGGGACAAUGCCACCGAUGGAAGUUGCACAGUUCGUUGGGAAAAUAAAAGCAUGUACUGCAUCGUCUCAGUGUUUGGUCUCUCAAUCUAGGUAUUUGUUAAUUAUACAGAUCUAGUCCAGGCAAGAUCAAAAAAAUAUAUAUAACAAUAACAAAUGGUGCCCUUGAUAAAAAGAAAAGUUAAAAAUAUCCAAAGACCAACCAACUAAUUGUGAAUUUAUAAAGUUUUUCAAGAAUUUUAAUCAAUGACGAUUGAUUUUUAAAAACAAUUUCUUUUUUAUUUAACUAAUGCAGCAAAUGUUAAAUUAAAAUAAUAACGAAUCAUUAUUUAAUGAGAAAAAAAUGGUCUUUCCUACGUUAAUAGAGAAAAAGAAAAAAAUGAAUGAACCUCUUUAUUCUUGGCAUUCAUAUUUCUGUUGUGCUUAAUUAAUCGAUUAAAAUAAAAAAAAACAUUUUUAUAAAA